UAAGAAGAUUCAGCGCAGUGUGUCGUCAUUUUCGUCAUCAGACUUUUUUGUUGUCAACAUCACCUGGUCUAGGCCAGUAUUCAACUACAGCUCUAUCACAUCGUACAACGUUACAUAUAACAUGGAAGGGGAUCCGUCAAAAUCCAAUCUAACGACAAACCAGUGGUUUGUUGUCCGAGGACUUGAUUUUCGACAAUCAUUAAAUUAUCAGGUUAUACCAAUCUACAAGCAUUCAUGGAUUAUUGCAAAUGCCACAUCAGAACAACCAGUGAAAAUAGAUCCCAAGGAGACAUCACUGAAAAUCACCAACCUAAAACACAAUGAUUUUACGGAAAACAAGACGCUGAACCUCUACAGCUUGAAAUUCACAUGGAAUCAACCUGCUUUCGUUAAAACAGUAAARCACUACAAAAUUCRCUACACAUUAAAGGGUUACCUUGGAAACGAGCUUGAUUGCCCCUCAAAAAGAACAGUCAAGAGAUCAUGUUUAUUGUCAACAACAACUGACACAAGUUAUCUUCUAAAAAAUAUUCUACCCAAAGAAAGAGUAGAAUUUACGGUAACACCAGUUUUCAAUAAUACCAGAUUCGUAGCUGGAACUGAAAUUAAGGCCCCUGUCAUCCGCGCACCAGAUCCCCAAGAUACCUUAGUCAAAGCUCAAAGAUUAAACUUUACAGAAAUCGGAAUUUUCAAGUAUAACAUCACUUGGGAGAAACCGCUGUUCAUCCAUAGCGACGUCAGCUAUUACGAUGUUUCUUAUGAGAUGUACAGUACGAGUGGAASUGCGAGAAAAAGGCGGGCGAACAUCGAAACMAAAAAUAUUACAGCGAAUUAUUUCAUUACACCCGGAGUGGAAAAGGGAAUGCAAAUGACAGUUAAGGUGACUCCGCAAUUUAAGGACAAGCUGAUCGCUGGUCAAACAUCAGAAUUGAGACUGGGAGGUCCUCCAAUCGAUUCUCAUCCUACAACAGGAUUUUCAAAGGGUGAAACCGCUGGUCUUGUCAUUGGUGUUUUGUUUUUAGUUGCGUUUGUACUGAUWAUCAUCCUGCUUCUACUGCGCUCGACGAGACAGAAAGCGAUAAAGGAGGGUAGAAUAGUUGAUAGGAAAAAAGGAGCGAUGAUUGACCAAUGGGAGGUGUUCCACGACAAGCUAUUGCUAGAUGACGUCAUCGGUCAGGGCGCGUUUGGUAAAGUUUACAAAGGAACUUUGGUCGARCUUCCGGAGCAAUCCUCCAAAUACAGUUCGAAUAUGAKUUUUAGGCGAAAAAGUACACGACGGUCAAUCAAAGAGGAAGAUGGCUACACAGUGGCUGUAAAGAUGUUACAAGAUAUGGCUGAUGAAGAACAAAGGAAAGAGUUUCUGAAGGAAAUCCAGCUUAUGAAAGACGUUGGCUCACAUCGUAACAUCGUGAACAUGUUGGGUUGUGGUACACUCAGUGAUCCAAUGUUUCUUAUCGUGGAAUAUCUACCUAAUGGUGAUCUACUCCAGUACCUCAGGAAACGACGAGGAAAUGUCCAUCAAUACCCAGAUAGCGAUCCUCGUGGUCCAUAUCACUCAACCUACUGCCAGACAUACUUCAACAAAGAUAAACCAAAAUUAGUCGCCCCAAUUCAACAACAAAACAAUACAACAGACUCGGAUUCACCAUUCUACACAUAUUUCAAUAAAAUUAUCAAUCGCGGGUUUCAGGACGAUGAUGACGGGGGUCUUCAGUUAGUUUCGAUACAAACAGGCGUCACUGCAUCUCAUGAUGACCUUCCCAGCGACAACAACAUGACCUAUGACGACGACGAUGAGGACGAUAACAUCACUUCUGGUGAUUUGAUGGCCUUUGCUUGGCAGGUGUCUCAAGGAAUGGAAUUUUUAACAAGGCGUGGAUAUGUCCAUCGUGAUCUCGCCGCUCGUAAUGUUCUUGUCGGUGAAAACAAAGAAGCAAAGAUUGCCGACUUCGGUCUCACACGUCACAUGUACAACAGUUUGUACCAGGCCAAGGCAAAUCGCCGUCUGCCAAUAAAAUGGAUGAGUAUCGAAGCCAUCUUUGAUCAAAGUUUUACUGAAAAAAGUGACGUUUGGGCAUAUGGUAUCUUCCUAUGGGAGCUUGUAACUCUAGGAGGAACACCCUAUCCUACUAAGAGCAUAAGGGAACUAUUGAAAGCAUUGAAAGAUGGCUACAGAAUGGAGAAACCAGACACUUGCGACAAUGAAGUAUAUGACAUAAUGCUACGUUGCUGGGAAGAUAAACCAGAAGACCGUCCUACAUUUACGAAGAUAAGAAACAAACUGGAGGAAAUGAUGAUGAGAGACAAUCCCUACUUUGACCCAAGCUCCGUCGACGAAACACGUGACUACUACAAUGUCCCAUCAUUCAACAGCAUCGAAGACGAYCCUGAGGGAAUCGAAGACGAAGUUUUCGACGGAAUAUUUGGCGAAAAAAAGGAAAAGGAAGACCAGGAAAAGUUAGUGAAUGGGGGCUGUCAUGGGGACAGUGAUAAGGACGACAAAGAUUCCGAGCCAGAAAAACACGAUAACGAGUCAAAGGAAAAACCGAGGGACAUAGGUCUUGGUGAUAUUGAAGCGUUACUCUAUCGGAGGCAGUAUAAUACCAGUUCUUUUUCAACUUAAACGGACAUGAAAAGUCGAGGGUAAUGUUGGAGCCUGGGGACAACGAUAACUAAGUGCAACAACGGGAGAAUCUACGUAGCACUCAGUUGAUGUAAUAUAUUCAUAAAGAUAUAAUACAAAACACAUAAUACAAUAGAACGAGAAACAAUGGAAUACAAUACAUUUAUGAAUACAUUACAUCAACUGCGUGCUACGUAGGUAACCCCGUGCAACAACUCCAUUCUCGUACCCAGACCUUUAGUUUUCAUCUUCCUAUCUGGAUACAAUGCAACAACCAUUAAAUGUAAGGAACUAAACGAUAGACAAAAUGACUCUGCUUUUAAGAAGAAAAUAUAUAUAUCAAGUUCUACUGAACGAUAGAAUAUCAUGUAAGUUGUAUAAAUAUUCAAUUGCAAAUUAUCCAAUAGUAAUUCAGUCACAUCCUCUAGCUUUCUGCACAUAACGGGGCAAUUGUGCGAAAUAUUAURAAAUAGAUGUCUUAUAUAAGUACGAAAACCGCGAAAAAUGCUUUUGGUGAAUAACUGAUUCAAUUUUGGAAUCACAUAUUAAGAUUAGAGCCAAAAUGAAAUAUUUAUAUAUUUACGAAACAAUAAAAAUAAUUAAGUUUUUAAAAAAACUUUAAUUAAAAGAAUCUGUUUAGAAAACCACGCGUAAAUCAAUUAGAGGUACAUGCAUGUACGAUAACUAUGACCUAUUCACUGUAUCCUGACUAAAAAUCGUGAACAGUUUGCUCGUUUUAAUCAGGCAAAUUGAUACAAACGUCUUUGCUUACUUUGGUUUAAUUWGUGGAUUUUCGUUUAAUUAUUAAUAUUUUUUAUAAAACAUGCUCGAUACGACAUGGUAAAGUAGUUUCGUCAAAGGGUAGUUUUCAUUAAUCCGUGUAAUUAACAAUUAGCUAAAUGGGUCAACGAUGUAUGAAAGCCAAAAUGUGUGAUACAUCGAGAAAAAAAAACAAAAAAAAAACGAAAAACAAAGAAAAACGUUCACAAUGAAGAGUAUAAAUGAAAUGUAACACCCUAAAGUGUAUUGCACGGUUUAAUGAAAGCUACUCUCAACCCGUGAAAAAGUCUAAUAGUCAAACAGUGUAAUCACGUGAUACAUGCAGCGAAAAUACAGAAAAAAAAACAAAGGGUAACAAAGCGUAGUACGUUAAAUAUUUCACGGGUUUCAUAGAUACACAUAACAUGUAUAGUUAUAUAAAGUACGUUUGCUUGCUUUUUUGUGAUUAAUACGUUUUAAAAAUAAAGCAAUUUUUAACAUUA